AUGAAGAGAUUCCGGCGCAGCGGCGCCAAGUUUGAGAAGAACGGCAAGCAUGUGACGCUGCCGGCUGUUCUGGAUCUCAGCGACUACCUUUUGACAGAGGAGACAUGCGGACGUUUGCGACCUCACCUGGCCUCUGAUUGCAAGGAGUUGAUCUGCAAGUCGGAGGGAGGCUCGCGGUUCGAGAUCUACGGCAUCUGCGUGCACAAGGGUGGCUCACUGCAGUCCGGGCAUUACAUCGCGUUCAUCAACGUGGGCCCGUCACUCGCUGAGGAGAAGUGGUACGGCGCCAGCGACACGCACGUUUGGAGCUGCUCCCGGUCCGAAGUCUUGGAGGCACAGGCCUACGUCGCCUUCUACCGCAAGAUUGAGGAACCGAAUGCAUUCGAAGAGGUUGAGGAGAAUGCGCAAGCUGACUUGGAUGGAGAGUUACCUCCCGAAGGGAGCACAGAUCAAGAAGAUCUGGACGCAUAG